GCACCUAUGUUGGAAGGGUCACAGCAGGAGGCCACUGGACGGGGAUACAAGGGACUCCUAGGAUCAGCAUGGGAUGGGUGAUCCUUUGGGGAUGAAUCGGUGGGAGGGACUUGAUUACCUUUCAACUGAGGUCUUGUGAGUGCUAGCCCCAAGCUUGAGACCAGGACAAGGGGCUAUAUCUGGGCUAAGUGGAGGGCCUUGUCUAGGACCCCGUUUCAAUGCCUUUUACGUGUUCCCUUGGUGGUGUAAUGAGCGACCAGGCUCAGAGACCAUGUCCACAGCAGCAGCGAACCAGAUCCUGCCUGGCUCACUCUUCUGCUCAACCAGCGUGCCCCGGAGGGGGCUGCAUCGAGCUCUCACCCUGCUCCUGGCCCUUCUUGGCCGAAGCCGCCUCUUCAUUGGCUGCUGCCCCAGCCCACCUCGCAGCCCCGCCGGCCCGCCAUUACACCACCCAGGACAUGUAAAGGCUGAGUGUGUGCAGCCUGCGGGCCACCGGGAGUGGGGCCAGAGGGAGACCUGCGUUCCCCUCCCCUCUCUUCUCUUCCCCGUCUUAGCUGACCGCUGGCUACUGCUGCUACCAACCAGAGGGCUGGAGGUUCUCCCACACACACAAUGCCAUGCUGGGGCCCUUUGGGGAGCUCAUGACUGAAGAAGAUAUCAACCGCAUCGAGCAACAAAUCGAAAACCUCCAGGUGGUUCAUAAGGCCCAGAAGCUCGAGGCGCAGCUGGAGCAGCUGGAACUCGAGCUGCAGCAGCUGCUGCCCGUCUCUGCUGCCGUGUCCACCCACCGUUUCACAGUCAACCCCCGCCGCAUGCAGGGCCGGGCCGCCGACCUGCCCGCCUGGUGCAGCAGGAUCUCCACUCUGCUCAAGAGCAUGGCCAUACUGCUGGCCACCCUGGGCGGCCGGCCCGCCCACCUCACAGAUCUGGUGACCGCCGAGACGGGGCAGCCCCUGGCCCCCGUGGACUGGCGGCCAGACUCCGUGGGCCUGGGCCGCUCGUACUCCUUCAGCUGCAGCCGAGAGGAGGUGGCCCGAGAGAUCUUGGAGUGCGGGGUCUCGGUCAAGAAUCUCAAAGCCAAUUUUGAGACGCAAGCACGAAGCCAGGAGGCCGAGUACUGGUACCCACGCAAGCUCUCGUUGCCCGUCAGCGUCACGGUCUCUGACGUCUUUAGCAGGGAGCCUAUCCUGGAGGAAGACUAUGUGUCCGGAAGCCCGGCUCAGCCACGUCUGGGAGGGCACCCGGUGGGUGGUCCUUCCACCGCCAACGGGUCUGGGCACUUCCUGGGGGAGCCAGCGGAGCCAUCAUCCCCCGAAGACCCCUUAGCCAGGCUGUAUCCCCCAGAGGAGCCCGGCGACGAGGUGACGAUUUUUGAGCCGGAACAGCUAGCACAAAGCCCACCCCUCUCCACCGAGCUUCGAGGCGUCCAGGACUAUAUUGACAUGCGGAAGGAGCGGAUCGUCUACCUCUUUCUGGAGCACUGGCGCAAGUGGACUUUCAGCGGCCCCGGGCGCCAGACCCAGGCCCGCCUGCGCAGGCUGCUUCCCCGAGUGGUGGCCGCCGGGGCCCCGGAGCCCGAGCCCCAGCAGGGGCUGGAGGAGCCCGCCCACCAAAGCCCCGGGAACGACCACCGGUUGCUGUACUUCAUGAAACAGCGGCAAGUGGUGGGCAAAUUGCUGGCACACUGGCGGAGUCUCAUGUGCCAGGUACCCUCCCGGCAGCUGCGCCGCCUGAGCCGGGUGCAGGGUCUGUACUGGCCCGAGCACUUCCUGCCCCACGUGGGGGGAGUGCCGGCCAGCUACGACAGCCUCACCUUGGACCUCUUCAUGCUGGGCUAUUUCCAGCUGCUGGAGAUGCGCAUGAGCCGGGAGGAGCGCAAGUUCCGCCACCUGCUGUGCUACGAGAUGUUCGACAGGCUGGGCAGCCAUCCGUGGGAGCUCAUCCGCCUCUUCCACAGAGUGGUGCUGGAGGAAGUGGAGGCUGGGCGUCGGGACUGGCAGGAUGGCUUCGAGGAUCUGAAGAGGGCGUUCUUUGGGGACAGCCCCGAGCCCCCCGCUGAGGAGCCUCUGCCCCAGCCCCAAGCGCAGGGCUCUGUACCCCGCCCUCCACCCCCGCCGCUGCCGCCCCCGCUGCCCCAGGCCGAGCCCUCGACGAGCCCGGUGCCGCCGGCUCUAGAUCGGGCCGACUCUCUGCAGCUGGUAGCCGAGAUGGGCGAGUUCAGCAACGAGGAUAUCUGCCGCUACAUCGACCGGAGCUUCUCGUUCUGGAAGGAGAAGGAAGCCGAGUUGUUCGACAUUUGAGCAGCAGAAAGGGAGAAAAGUCAUGGCAGCUGUCCACUGGGAAUGGUGGACUCCACCCUCGUGGCUCCACUUCGUUCACUUCGGGAACUAGAGAAAUAGGAACUGGACGAGUGAGGGCAGGGCGAAGCCUUUUGCCCAGAAUCUGAAACCCAGCUAGGCUAAAGCUGAAUGGGGUUGGAUCUUUAGCAGCUGUGUCUUUAGGAAGCUGGGAGGUGCCUGGGAUAGAAAGGUGGCUCCCCAGAGCAGCCACUGAGCCUGGGAUAGAUCCCCUCCAAGGCAUGAUUCUCUCCAAAAGAAGGUACUCUUUCCAGGACCCAGACUCACUGUCCAGUGCAGACCGGACCCCCAGCUAUCAUUUCGUUGGAAGGCCUGCAGCCCUGGAACCACUAAAGAAGUAGCUCCUGCCAACCAGACAGGACCUUUAGGGUUUUGCAAUUAGGGCCUGAGACUGGGAACUGGGGAAGUUCCAAGCCCUGAUUCGGCCAGAGAGUCUGGGACUGGGGAAACUGAGUUGUGUGCAGUGUGAUGUGUGCAGAUUACCUCUCCCUUGUUACAGGAUAAUAAAGAUCUUUGCCUUGAAGAGGUGCCUGCCAGGGGUAGGCCCCAGACUGUCUUUGCCUUUUAGCUCCUCCCUUUCUACAACCCCACAGGGUUCUCAGGAAGGGCACUCUUUCCCAUCAGCAAAGCAGUUGACAAGCAGGAUACCUGGGUAGUACUCCUGCUGCCUUGGACUAUCCUCAGGUUUUAUCCUCAAGGCAGAGCCAGAGUCAAGGACUGGUCAUAUUAUAAGUAUCUUUUCAUCUGUCCCAAUGAAAUUCCCCA